AAUAUGACUCUCUACACGAUGAACAUACUACAACAAAUGUAGGUGAUGGCACUUUGCCCAGCUGUUCAAUACAUCAACCAAGACCGCAUAGCACCAAAAAAAGUAUGGCAAAACAGUCGUUGGAGAAGCAAGGAACAGAUCAACCAGAGGCAUCCACCAAGCCUAUUUUCUGUUCUAAAGACUCAAAGGUUGAUACAGCGAUGCAUGACGAUAGUGAUAUCUCCAAUGUAUUAGGAAAAUUGCAGGAGACCAAUGAAGGGAUACUCCCUACAUCAAUAUCACCUACUAAAUCACUUCCAUGCAAGACCGGCGAACAUGAGAAGCACAAAAAUAUGUCGACCGAAAACCUUGUUUUCGACAAUGAUUACACCCUAACUCCGGAGGACAUUGAGACAUCUAGCUUCAUCAGGCGUAGUUACAAAAAGGCUAUAGUGGUUGACAUUGGUAACAAUGUUCUUACGGUCGAACAUUUGCAGCCAAAUGUCAAUGGUGGCUGGCUAUUAGAUGCCGUCAUUAAUACAUAUGCUUACAUUAAUCACAUGGAGAAUGAGUACACAACAGUUCUAUCAACUUUUCAGAGUCGAUUAUUAUUAGGGGAGACUGGGGGUGUUGAGCCGAAACACAAAAAACCUUGGGUCAGUGAUAUUGGCAGGCGAUGUGCAACUCGACAUAUGGUAUUUGUCCCAUUUAAUGCUUUGGAAUGCCAUUGGAGCUUGUUAGUAUUGAACUUUAGAAGAAAACAAAUUCAGAUUCUCAACUCCUUGGCCUCCACACUAGCAUUUCGCGACGAGAAGAAGGAAAACAUUUUGGUGGAGUCCAUACAAGCAUGUAUGGAGUACGCAGUUGAGGCUAGCUUGGUCUCACUUGCUGAGCCCAUCAACCUUGCUGAAUGGGACAAACACAUGUACACUAACAUACCCCAGCAGAAUGAUAGCAAUUCUUGUGGCGUAUAUGUAAUCAAGUACAUGUUGGCUUGGAACGGGUGUGAAAUGAAUGAGAAUUUCACACAGGAACAAAUGAACAUUUUUCGACAGAAAAUAUGUUCUAGGCUGUUGCGUUCAGAAUGCAACCUACGUCGAAGACCAUCUUACAAGGAGCCUCUCACGAAGGAAGAGUACAUGGCAAACAAUCCAGAAGAUUGCAGUGUGGCCCAAGGGGAUUCUUCGGAUGACGAUGUCAUGGUUACAAGCACAGGAAAUGAUACUAACAAUUGCAGCACGAGCAACACGUGGACAAAGAAGCGUGGACGGCCAAGGAAAAAUGGACAAAAUACUAAGCCUGCCACACAACUAGUUAGCCCAGAAUCAGCAAAGACAAUUGCUGAACGCGUGCAGGGCACAAAUCACAGGGCGUCCAUUCCAAGCCAGUACCAGCUGAGCCCAUAUAAGCAACACUAGACUGUGACUUACCUCAUUGAUUGUAAUUGCUAAGGAGUUAACCUUCUAAAUUAUUUUGUUGACUUUAUUUUUCUUCCGUUCCCAUAAUAUUUGGGAUUGAAUAAGCUUUUCUGUAAUCAAAGAUAGCAAUUCACACUACCAUGUUUAGCACACCAGAUAAGGUUUGUUUGGUUCAAAGGAUCAAGUAAUAGU